CAUUCCCCUCAGUGACGGUACCACUCUUAACGGAAUUCCAGUAAUGGGAGAAACCGAGCAAUUGGCUGCAAGAGAAGUGAUGCCACAAAUGAUGCCACAAACCUGCAUCAUCAUUCAAAACAGGCUUCCACGUAACAACUCCAGCAACGCUCAUGGUGACCGUUACCAGCCAAGGCAACUAAAUCGUCGUAGAAACGAUGAGGUGCGAUAUCCUGAAGGUGAUCGGAUUUACCAAGUACGAAAUUUUGACCAGCAAAGAAACUUUCGCAGAGAUGCGGACUUUUAUCAUCAGCCAACAAGAGAUGGUCAAGAAGGGCACUACCCUAGCAAUGAGGACAUUGACUUCUAUCGCCAACCAAAAAGAGGCGAUCAACCUAGAUAUGAGGACAUAGACUUCUAUCAACCAAGCGAUCAGUAUGAGUAUUAUCCAAGAGAUGCCGAAAGUGGCUGCUAUCGUAAACAAGCAAGAAGCUGGCGCUGCAGGGGAGAGAACUGCUAUCCGGACUGUGAGCAUGCAUACGAACGCAAAACCCAGUGCCCAAGUUUCCGCAGAGACGAAUAUGAUCAACCUUGGACCUGCUGUCAUCCAGCAAGGCGAAGGCCAACUGGUUGCCGACUCGAUGAAACAGGAGGUUUUAUAAGAGAAGUUUGCCAUGAAUUCGCUGAAAGGCGCCUUCACCCAUCGCCGUGUCGCCAAGGUAGCGUGGAGUCCCGAUUCUGUGGUUAUGAAUACGACGAUUGUGACCAAACGGAAGUUGUUCAAGGUGGGAAUUGUCAUGAAGCGAUUCGUUACCGGUGCGAUCAUUUCCAGGAUCCAUUCCCGCCAGCUCCAACAUUGCACCAGUCGGUCAUCACCAAAGAAAUUGUUCAUCACUCGAACUGUGACUGCAAAAACGGUAGACAGGGCGCGAGAAGAACAGAAAGAAGGAUUCCGCAGGCACCUCAGGAACCUGUACAGAGUACGAAAAGUGCAAACGGCAAACCAGGUAGCAAGAUCUCGAUACCUACCGGAGAUCACCAUCGCACGGCCUCGCCAACUGUCGGAAAUCCUGAAGAAAUACGUAAAGACCACUCUGGGAAUGCUCCAAAUGAUUCCGCAAAUUCUUACCCAAGUCCAGGUGAUAAGCGCAGCAAACCGGCAAAUGAAAACAGAACUGGUAUAGAAGGAAGACAUGAAAUAGGUGAUGAUCCCAGCGUAACCGCCGGUUAUCCACCAGUACAGAACCAGCACAUUAAUCAUCCUAUACCAGUAGAAGACCCGGACCCUCAAAUAUUAGAACCUUCUAAGGUUCCGGACGAAGAAACUGAAGUCGCUCAUGACGGGCCCAAAGAUGAGGCUAGCCCCAUGGACGAGAUUAGUCGCAACGACGAGGACAUAAAAUCGGAAAAAAAAACUGACAAGGCGAAAAAAAGCAUGAAAAAGAAAAUAGAGGAUUUUAAAAAUGCUGUAAAGCAAAAGGCAGAUGCAGCAAAUGAAAAAGUAAAGCACUUUUUACGGAAAAAAUCCUAUCCCAAGGACGAGGCUAGCCCCACAGUUAAGACUAGCCCCACAACAUCAAGUACAGACGAAAACAUUCAAGCGGAGGAAAAAACUGACAAGGCGAAAAAAGGCAUGAAAAAGAAAAUGGAAGGCUUAACAAAUACUGUAAAGCAAAAGGCACAAACAACAAAUGAGAAAAUGAAGCACUUGGCAAAGUUACUGAAAAAAUCCUAUCCAAAAAUCAAUAACCCAUUUAAAAAAAAGAAAAAGACAAAAUCGUUCGUUGGGCCAGUUAGAAUUUUAGUUGCCAAUAAAAUGCUGUGGAGCAGAAGCUAUCACCAUCGGAGGUCGGAGCCGCAUUGGAACAGGUGUUGGCUCCGAUGAACGAUCCGCUCCUUGAGCGUUUUUUCUCCCCUAACACAGCGCAAAAUUAGAAAAGUAAAUUUCUUGUACGUUCAGUUCGAUUUGAUUUUGUAAUCAUUUACUGUUAAUGACGUUCUCUUUCAGUUAUAAUCUGAAGGAACUCGUCAACGAACCCAAAGGUUGUUCGCCGCCAUGUGUGGAAACUACCAGGUGUGUACCCUUUCUGUUCAAUUGUCUUUUUCCAGGUACAAGCUUGCAUGCAAGUGACGAGAUGGUGAGCAAUAUUGCCAUUGAGCACCUGCAUGCCGGAAAAGGACCGCUACAAGAGUUGAUUGUCUUGUAGUGAUGACAGAGUGUGCACGUAGCUUUCAUUCAUGGCAGUAACAGCUACCUUGACGAGUUCUGGAAGUGCGUAUACGGGAAGAGCCAUUAAGGUUUUAGAGUUAUUUGCUGAAGACAACUUCCUAUUGUUGCUUCUU